ACAAAACGUCACCAUUUUGCUUCGUUUCUUGCUUGACGUUGACUUGACAAUUUCAUUUUGGUAUUUUCAAAACAGAACGUGGUGAAACUCGAAGUGAAAAGAAAUAUUAAUUAUAAUCGUCAUUAUGCCUAAAGCAACAAAAUUACACCCAAAAGGAAAGUCAAGUUCCCUACAGAAACCAUGUAAAGUAGAAAAAGACAAAGGCGACAACGUAGACCCAGAUGAAUCGAUGAGGCAAUUCCAAUUGGAACUAUGUUGGUGCAUUCAGCAGUUAGAACGAACAUUAGCAGAAAAAAAGGGAAGCGAAAAGCAUUUACAAGAAGCUUGGAAAGUACUUGCUGUGCUCAAAAACAAUAACCAACCUGUUAUUAGAAAGAGACAGUUGAUGAGAACUCAUUUUGGAGAUUAUAGAGCUAAGAUGGCCGCCGAAGAGAAAAAACUUGCAAAGAUGGCAAGUAAAAUGAAGAUAUCAGAGACACCAGAUAAACCAAAAGCUACAUUUUUGAGAAAAUCAGCAUUUCUAACAACUGGCGAUAGCUCAUUCCGUUUUAAUUUUAAUUUGGAACCAGCACAGAUUGAUAACAACGGCCUGUUAUUGAAUUCAAAUGAAAAUAGCAAUACUGAAUUGCCAGCAAAUAGUAACACUAAAACGCCAGUGAAUAGCAACACUGAAAAUAAAUGUCCCAAUGAAAAUGUUGAGGAUAAAAAAUUCAAGUUCUCGUUUUCCAGUUCCAAUUUUAAAUUUAAUUUCAACAUAGAUAAUUCUUAGUUUUUAAGCAAUACAUAACAAAAUAAAAAUUUGAAUAAA